CUGCCUGUUGCCCGGCAACAGAAGUGUUGCUUUACGCUUCUUUGGCCUUUCUCUGCAUUCCUGCCUUGCCGCUGAGGCUCCAGCCAGCCGUGUCGAUUCUCAGUAUUAUCGCGAUUGCAACCAAUAAACCAAAACCAAGGAAACUCGCACAAAGCUAGUGUUUGGCUGCCCUUCCCUGCCAGGGCGGACCUAUGGCCGCCGCCUCUGGCUCGGUUCGUCUGCUGGGGGAUCCAUCUGCUUUUGCUGCCUCCCUCAAGACUCUCAUCAACAACCCCCAGUUCAGUGAUGUAACUUUUCUGGUUGGCAAAGAGAAGCAGAAAGUCUUUGCCCAUCGUUGUCUACUCUCCACCCGCUGCCAAGUUCUCCAUGCAAUGCUAAGCCAGCCCCAUGAGACACAAGUCCCGCUGAUGUUGAAUCACAUACAGCCAGAAGUGUUCCUUACAGUCAUUGAGUAUCUGUACACCAAUGGUGUCACUCUCAACAAUCUUACGGCCCUUGAGGUUUUGACUUCCUCCAUUGAGUAUGGGUUGAAUGACCUCAGAAAGCUAUGCAUUGAAUUCAUCAAAGACACACUAAAAGUGAACCAAGCAGGUGACGCCUUUCAGGCAGCAGUGGCAUAUGGACUCCUAGAUUUGCAAACAUAUUGCUUGGCCUUUAUUGAGAAAUAUACACAGGAAGUGAUCCAAACACGUGGGUUCUUGGAAUUGUCAGAACAGGCAAUGCAAAUUAUUUUGCAGAGUGACAAUUUGGCUAUUGACGAGAUGAAGCUGAUCCAUGCUGUACGAGAAUGGGCUCAUGUUGGGUCUGCUGUGCUGGAUAGGACUGUGCCCGAUAUGGCACGACCUGUGGUGCCACAGCUGCGUCUGGCUCUGCUGUCCCCAAGGGAGCUGACCUCUCUGGAAGAAGAGAACAAAAAAGACCAGAUGAUUCCGAGAGUUUUGCUGAGGUCUGGAAAACCCAUGCUCUGUGGAAGAGGCGUGGGAUGCCAUCCUCCUUGUGCCAGCGUCGGCGUGGCACAUUGCCUCGAGUCCAUCAUCGCCACCUUGACCCACAUCAUAAAUGACAUGAUAUCCUUGGAAUGAGGAGGAAACAGCACUUUUAUGCCGAGGCAAGGGCCAGUUUGGUUUAGUGAUUAAGGCACCAGGCUAGAAACCAGGAGACUAUGAGUUCUAGUCCUGCCUUAGGCAUGAAAGCCAACUGGAUGACUUUGGGUCAAUCACUCUUUCUCAGUGCAACCCACCUCACAGGGUUGUUGCUGUUGUGGGGAAAAUAGGAGGAGGAAUAUCAGGUACAUUCACUACCUUGAGUUAAUUAUAAAAAAAAACCCUCUCUUUGGUACGGGCUGCUGCUUUUGGGUUUCCCUUGGAUGCUGUAUCUACAUAAACAGGACCAGAAUUUGAGGGUAACCUCCUCUCCUUUGUAUUAUUUUCCAGGCUGUUCCUUUCACCCAAAAUGAACAAUUUACUUUUAAUCAUCAGAGAAGCUUUUCAGCUAUUAAUUCCUCUACUGUAACCCAUUUGCUUCCAUUUGCUAUUUAAGAUAGCACUGCCUUGUCUUCCUCACUAUUUCUUCUGUUCCUUUUGAGCAAAUAGCUAUACUCCAGUCAUAGGGCCCAUCCCACCAGUUCUUUGUUGUAUCUAUUAAAUAUUUGCCUUCCUCUCUGAAGAUCACUGUACAAUCCUUUUGCAAACAGAUGCCAAACAUUUUAGAGCGAUUACACUGGGGAGGGUGGUUUUGUAACAAUCUGCACCCAAGUUGAAAAUACCUGACCUCUUGAUCAGACUACUGCCCUUACCCUUUAUAAAAAUAAUUUGUUAUACUUUAAAUUGGAGUACACAUAUGUGUGUGUGUGUGUGUGUGUGUGUGUGUGUGUGUGUGUGUGUGUAAUAUCACUCAUCUUCCUCCAUUGCUUAUCCAGAAGGAGAAUCAUGCAGAGAGAAUUCCAAAAUUUCUUUUAGCCUUCAUAGAAUUCUCCUCCUCCUCCUCCUCCUCCUCCUUCUCCAACAGCAUGUUGUUGCUGUUAUUCAAUAUGAAUGGAAUGGACUAUACAAAAAUGGACCCUUUUGUGUGGAACACCUAAUGGUUUACAUAAGCAGCACUGAUAGCAAUCUAUUGGUUCAUCAUUGUGUGUGAGUUUUCUUUUUAAAGACCAAGAUUUUUUUAAAUGUGCCAAUUUAGAAGCAACUUCCUUGCUGCAUUGGCUCUUACAAACAGCUUUGUAGAGGUGUGCAUACUGGUGGCUCAGGGUAACCUGGGCCAAGUAAAUGACUUGCCCCAGCAUUGUGCCAUAAGAAUUCAAAGUGAAUCAGAUCUGACUGUACUGUGGCUAUUAACAUAGCCUAUCUGCUGUUCCAAUCAAGUAAAUGCCAGAUACCCCAGCUGCUUUAGAUCAAGAUCCAGGCCCUGCCUAGAUUUGUUUGUUUGAGUGCCUGGUUGCUAGGCAGGCCAAUGACUUGGAGAAUACAGAAGAAACCUCUCCUUCACCCUGUGGCAAUAUAUUGAAUCACCUGGUUCAGGCAUUGCUAAUAUCAGCUUCUCCUCUGUGUGAAAAUGAGAGUGGGAGUAGGAUUAGCCAAGAGCGUAUGGCUAACGCAGUUAUGAUCUAAAAUAACAAAUAUUUUGCAAACAGGUAAACCAAGAUCCACACUUCAUGAGCAUUAUGUGACUUCUAAAAAUGGUAAAUGUAAUUGUUUAUGAGACGGAGGAAUUUAGAACAGAUUGAAGAUAUUAAGGAAGACGCAAUAAUCCCCUUCCCACUUCUAGGUCGCUACUGCCUUAUGGCGCUGUAUACUACGUUUUGUUUCUUGUCAUGAUUUGAAUUUCAACUGCCCUGUCUCCAUAGCUUUAUUUGCCAUGUUGGAAGUAGGUAGAAGAUUCCUAUUAGGCUGUGAUAUUUUAUGCGUGAUUCCAAAGCACUUGUAUUUAAUACUCAAAACAAACCUUAACAAAUGCAUUAUUUAGAAAGCUAGGAGCACAUAAGACCUUUCAAACAUAAAAGUAUUUGAAAGUACAAUAAAACUAUAGAAUAGUUUCAUAUAGCUAUUCAGAAUUAAGUCCUUUUGUUAAUAGACCAUGUCUGUUCUAGUAGGCUAUUCUCUGGUUGUCCAGCUGUGUUGUACAGCUACACCCUUUUAUUUAUUUAAAUGGAAAAUCCAUUGAAUUAAUAAAUGUGCUCCCAUCUUGUUGUUUCUUACAUCAAUUAUGCAAGUCAGGAUACAAUUGUAUUUCCUUUUCCUAUGUGUUCUGUUUUUAAUUAAUACUAUAAUGGAUUAGGUGAUUCCAUUGGUAGGAGAGUUUGUCACUUCUACUCUCUCAACUGCUUCUUGAAUCAAACUCAGCCUUCCUGAGUCUUGUUCCUCAGAUUAAUUGGCUUACAAUAAACAACCUUCUUUACCAAGACGACCAUUACCCAGAUUGACCAGUGGGGAUGAUUGGAUGUACAGUCUAAAACAUCUGGAAGAUAUCAGGUUGUGGAAGGUGAGUCAAAGCUGACAGUCCCUCCUCAUUGCCAUUUGCUUCAUGUGGCUUUACUCUAAGGCUGUUUAAUUUUGUAUGUUGCUUAUUACAGCAUUGGGAGGUUUUGGGGGGGGGACGUUUUUCUCAUGUAUGCAGCUGCUAUGUAAAAAUGGCUUUCUUAUGCCUACACAAUCCAUAGCCAGUAUGAAUAUAGGUAAAAGGUAUAGAUUUUCCCUGUCCUGUCAUUUCCCACUCUGUUUCUUAGCUGAGAGAGCCAGCAUUAUCUGAAGACAUUUCCAUAUGUAUGAAUGUAAAUGUAUGCAAUUACAUUUGAGAAUAUAAAUUCCUUAGGAAUUUCUCCACCCUCUCCUGCUUGGCAACAUCAAAUAAUACACCUCUUGACUUUCAGCCACUCCUUAUAGCACUUCAGGGACCAAUUUAUCCUCACUGCUGCAUCUUUGAACUCAGCAUCCACUGCAUACCAUCAUUUCCCAGUAACCUUUAAACCAAACUUUUAUUCAACCACUUUGUCCUCACCAUCCACAGAUCCCACAGAUCUCACGUUUAGUGUAGCUUUAUUCGCAGGAAGCACUUUCAACUGAACAAAUCAAUAUAGUAGCUGAUUUCUGAGAACACUAGUUUAUUAGUGCUCACUCUCUCUUUUCAUUAUUUUUCUCCUCCACAGUUUCCAUUGCUCCACAAAACAAUAGGAGAAGCAAAAAAAAAAAAAAAGCCUUUGAUUCAUUAUUGCCCUGUUCUAUCAAGCUCAUGAGAUGCAUUAGUCCAAAAAUCCUGAUAGCAUAGCAAAGCUGCAUUUGAAGACAUUCCCCCAGAAUGGGCAUGAAUCAGGGAGAUAGAACAGUGGAGUAGUGUCAGGUAGUUAGGUUCUCCAGUGAGAAAGAAAAUGCCCCAGAAUGACCUCAUUGGAGUUUCUUAGGAGACGUAGAGGAAGGAACCGAAAUAUUAGUUUUCAAGGAGCGGUGAGGAAGUGGAAUUUUUAGUGCAUUUUGCUGGUGCACUGAUAGCCUUAUACAGUAGGCAAAGAUGUCAAGCAGACAUGCAGUAAAAUUGUCAGGUGGUACUUUGUUAAAAAAAAAUAAUCUGAAAGCAGAAACUUGUUUUGGCCUCACUGAGAUUGAAAGAUGCAAGGAACUGGAUACACAGUAUGUAAACGUUAUCCAGGAAAUGUUACCUUGAUUCUGCUGAAUAAGGUGAUGCUCACAAAGUCCUUGUAUCAUGCUCAAAUAACGGCCACUUCUAGAGUUGUCCACUGUGGCCUCAAUUCUAUCCACAAGGCUAAUAAGCACUGUGACAUAAAAGGAAACUGCCAUUGUAGGGCAGUGUAGUUUAUAUAAUCAGUUUCCUGAUGUAUGAUUGGUUUUUAGCUGUACCAGUAGCAUCUGUAUGUGUAUAUUUUAAAUCACUCUUGUAUGCCACCUAGAGUCUUGUGAGAUGGGUGGCCAUAUAAUGUAGUAAGUAAGUAAGUACGUACAUACAUACAUACAUACAUACAUACAUACAUACAUACAUACAUACCUAAUGAAGUUAAUGGGGUUCUCUAUUUUUACUGGAUGGAAUUCUAUGGAACAUAUAUUUUCUUGUUUAUUAAUAAACCAGUCAAGCAAUUUUCGAUUACCUGCAGACUGAAUAAAUUUUACAUUCUUAGAAGGCAACUUUUUACUCUUUUCCAUAUAUUCAGUUUCUAUUACUAGAUUAGGGAGACUUAAUACCAGACUUUUAAAGGAUAUGAUAUCACAAAUUUGAUUAGAAAUCAUUUUCUUAUUUCUUCCUACUCCAUGCUUAUUCCUGUUCUUUGACAAAAUCAGGAACUGAGAACCAGACUAACACAGAGAAAAAGAGAGAUCAGCUGAGAAACAGUGCUUGGUUCAAAAUUACCCACUGAGUUUCCGUGGAGAUUCCCAGUCAUCUAGGUCAUAGUUAUCUCAAAGGUGUUUUUUUUCCUCAAAAGGCAACUGGACUGGUUGUUUUUUUUCCUUUGAAGAAGAAGAAGGAAAAAACCCUCAAAGAAAAACAAUCCAGUUGCCUUUUGAAGAAAAAAGCACUUUUGAGAUAUUCACUAAGUUUCAUGACAAUGGUCUCACAUAUAGAUGGGUAUGAUUGGGUGAGAUCUAGGUAGGCAGAAACAAGGGAGCUGAGGUCAAUAUGAAAGUUACGAAAAGCAAGACAUCUGUUAAACCACAGAGUUCUUUGCUAGAUACUAACUAGGUGUCUCAAUUUUUGAUUGCCCUUAGGUGGCCACUUUGGGGCAACACCUACUUUAAGUCAAUUUACAUUUUAAAUUGAGAGAAGAAUCAUUUCAUUACUUCUUUAUCCUACCCAUUUUAUAAAUUUGGUGGAUAUCACAAUUCACUGGAAUCUAAUUUCAUUGUAUUAAAUCCAAACUUUCAUCACAACUUGUGACUUCAGCAUCAAAUCGUUCUCCUCCACCCCAUCUUUUUUUCCCCCCAGAUUCUGCCCAAGCCUCUACUGCUUUUCUGAAGAUCUGGAAAGUUUUUAUAUUGUUAUGCUCUUGGUUUUGCCUUAAAAUAGAUAUUGCAUUUAGCCAAUACCAACUUGCUUUUACAGUAUUUGUUUUGUUUCUUCUGCCCUCUAGUGGUAGAAGCAAAUCCUCAAGCUUCCCUCAUGUUCCUCCAGUUUUUUUUUCUUUGUACAAUAUUCUUGUACCUUACAAUUGUGCCUUCUUGUGCCACCUGCUUUCUGCUUUUCUUUUGCCAGAUCAAGCUGGCAAAUCUCCUUAGGAUUUCAUACUUUAUAAAACAGUACUUAUCAAUAUCUUUCCUACAAUACAUCAAGGAAGCAAACAGGAACUCCGAAGUGACUAUAAUUGCUGAUGGACCAUGAUCUUCUCAACUCUUUAAUUAAUUUCUUCCUGCAAAUUAAUUUGUCUCUCUUGAGCCCUUUUCCUGGUUGAGACUGUAUAUCAACCCUAACAGCAACCAGUUCAGAAUCUCUGCAGGACUUCCAAACUACCGUAAGAUAAAUUCGUGGCUAUUUGAUAAGUUGCCCUAUGGAUGUCCUGGUUGAUUGAAAAAUAUGAAACUGCCUUCCAGUGUUGAUGCAAUUCUAUGUAGGUGUUUUUUUCUAACAAAUAAACUCAGGAAGUCUACUCAUCAUAGUUGAAAAUGCAGUAAUUAGGUUAAUGAUCAGAGUGUAGUCAGUUUGGGAUGCUUGAUAACAAUCUCAAGUAAUUAUUUGAGGAAAAUCACCUAAGUACAAGAGUUUUAGUAUCAUCAGAGCUGUAUUUCUCUAUUUUUCAGAUUACAAAUGUAAGUGGAGUUAGUGCCUUGUAUAAUGAAAAUUUAAACUAAAAACCUUUAAAAAUUAUUUGCACUGCAGCUGUGAUGGGUGAUGUUAUUAUAAUGCAUGUAUAUGUAUGUAUGUAUUUUAUAGAACACCUAAAGUUUUGGAGCAUCUUACAGAUCUCAAAAUACAAACUUACAGUAACACGUGAUUCAAUGAUGGAAAGAGGAAAGGAAGGGAAAGGAAAGGAGGAUGUUGAAAGCACUAAUUCUUUCUAAAUAUGCAAACAUUAUUUUCAGUUUCACUCUCACUUUAUAUUCUUUUUUAAACAGACUACUGUUGUAUUGUACAUGCAGGCAUAGAAAACGUACUACUGAUACCUGUAGAUGGUGCUGCCUAGCCAUGUUUUAAAUGGAACAUAGUCAUUGAUCAACCCUAGCAAAAGCCACAGAGAAUUAUUUCUGAUUCCUCUGACCUGUACUGAGGGCUUUAUAAUCAAAGCUAAUAUUUUUCUUUUAGCCUUAUUACGGGUAUGACAUUAACUCUUUUCCUGGAUAUGUGACAGAUAUGCCUGGGGGAUGAUGCCUGUUUCUGCCUUUCCUCUCCACUUCUCUGGGUUAACAGGGAAUUGAAAACCCAAUUUGUGCAAGCUUCUGGUCCUCUGGAGUUUUGUGAUCCACCAAAUAUGUUUCUAACCACAUUACAGGCCUUACUGAAUUGCAAAAGAAGGGAGCAGAUGCAGGGGGGAACAUUGCCCUCAAGCUCUAUGCAUGUGUUUUGCAAGUGCACCUGGCUGUUAUAGAUCAGGGGAGAGAUGACUGCUGCUUUGCCACUGCUGAAUACUUUGUCCUAUUCUUCUUUCAUAACCAUAAGCCACCAUACUUCUUUUCUCUCACCUUUUCUACCCAGAUGCUCUGCAAAGAGCCGAGGUUAGGCUAAGAGAAAGACUUGCUUGCAAGAGCCAGCUACAACUGGUUUGAGACUGCUCUCUGAGACAAAAAUGGCAUCAUCUCCAAGCCCUAAUACCAAGAAGCCAUAUGAAUUGAGCCUCUUUUGCUGUGACAUGUUGCUGCUGAAACUCCACAGAUAAAGUUGGAGAAUACUAAGUAAUAAAAAUAAAGAAUUAGGUUCCAAUCAA